AUGGCCAGCCAGACAGCGCAGGGUGAACAGCCCAUCCUGCAGGUUUCUGACCGCUUCAAAAAUCUUUGCAAUCCAGGCGCCCAUUACAGCCUUGGACAGUACCCAAGCCUGGUUUCUUUCAUUGGGGACACUGGAGUAGGGAAGUCAACUCUUGUGCGCGCAAUGAGAACAGUUGGAAUUGUCGACCAGAUGCAGGCCUCAGGCGUUAUGGACUGGAGCCGAAUAUUCAAAUGCCAGCGCCGUGGCCCGGUCACUAGAUCGACCUCCGAGAUGAAAUCAAUGCGUCCGACGUCGGUCGGCGUCCACCUCUACCGGGACCAAGAGCUAGCACACGCUAAUGACGACCAUGGCAACCAAGAUGAUGUGCCAAUUCUCUAUGCGGACUGUGAAGGGUUUUCCGCCGGCAGCAUGAAGACGGACGCCGAGAGGAGUACCACUGCCAGAAUUCCCCUCCCCUCUAGGGCACGCGGUGUAUCCGCCAGUUCACAAGUCGCACAAUCCAGACCGCUUUCUGAAGCGAUUAGCCUUCCAGAAGCUCAUUCGACUGUUGGCAUGGAGGGUCAUCUCCUGAUGGAACUUGUCAUCAAGACCCCCGGCUUCAAGGAAUUGGGAAAGACAAGCGCUGACGUAUUCUAUGCGCGGUUUCUCUAUGCGUUCAGUGAUGUCGUUGUGUUUGUGGUAAACCAGCCACAGAAGAUGAAACGGGAGAUGCAGCGGCUGCUCGAGUGGGCUGUGUCUGCGGUGAGAACAUCGGUACGGAGAAGCUCACCGAGGACCUUACUUGUUGUCCUGAAUGCACCAAAGGAACAUCAUGACUCUUUCUACGAGGAUGUCGACCUCAACCAUGAGAGGUUUCAAGAUUUUGGCGAGAUCUGGGACGAUUCCCGGAUAUUGAAGGAAUACAAGAACGAGCACGACCAGAAUUGCAAGUGGAUGGAGGACAGAAUACACGAUAACGAUCAGUACUUCGGACUCUUCUUCCGCGAAACAAAGAUCUGUUACAUCCCAAGCAUAGGUUUGCAGAAGAGACAGCCGCCCGAUGGCGUAUAUAAGCAAUACUCUCACCUUCGCAAAUUGAUCGUCGACGGCGUCCAGUCGGCUCAAAAAGCCAGAUCCAAAUCCUACUUCCGGCAGAACGUGGCAUCUGCAAUUAACCUGACGAAUCGAGCGUUCAGACAUUUUGCGGAAUACGAUGAACCCUUCGAUUUCCAUGUCGCCGCAAGGAGAGACAAUCCUACUCCCAUCUCCAUUCCGGGCCACAUCGCAAAUCUACUACGCCAUCUAGGAACCACUGUUGAGAAAUUCGCCAAAUUUGAGGUCAUUGUUGCUAUCUGCUUGGUUGCCUAUAACUACAGGUCUUCGACGCUCGGCCGCGAACCCGAUGAAAUCUUUGAUGACGGCUUGGGGGAACUAUGUCUCAAGGGACUCCAGCUCUAUCAAAGGCAAUUCUUACGGUGCUCUCUCUGGAUGGGCGAUGGUACCAGAUGCGUCAACCACGCGUACAACCACGAUCGCCACCAAAGUGAAAAAUGCCUCAUCUGGAAUGGCUCGAUUGACCGCUCAGCCUUUGAGAAGGAAACGUCUGAUGUAGUUGCUGGCAUUAGGAAAUAUUUCAAUUGCUUCUAUUCGGAACUUUGGAAAGCCAGUGCUCCGACUCUCGAAAGCUCCUCCGCGCUUAGACGCAGGAUCCUUGGGAAUGAUCACGAUCCCACAAAUGCUCCCCUCACACGCGUCGUUACUUUCAAUUCGGACAAUUUCAGUCGACCGACUGCAGUGUGGUCAACUGUGAAAAGCAAUAUGACCUGCUUUGCUUGUCUGCAAUACUCGCCCGACCAUGUUCUCCCCUGUGGACAUGGGUUUUGUGAGGACUGCGUAAAAGACUUUGGUGAGGCUCUUCCACAGAAGAGCUAUCACUACGCCAUGCGGGAAUGCAUUUUGUGUCGCACCACGGCAAUGCAGUGGCACGACCAACAGAGCGCGCGACCAGUCGCACCGGGCAGAUCACCAGAAGUGCCUCCCAUGCAACCGCAAAUUGCCAGACUCAACCCUCGAUGCGGAGGCAUCAGAAUACUCACGCUGGAUGGUGGCGGAGUCAGGGGUAUUAUUGAGCUAGCUCUAAUCCAGAAGAUCGAGCAGAGGACAGGCUUGGGGCUACCGAUCGCAGAAUUCUUCGACUUGGUCGUUGGCACCAGCACAGGGGGUAUCAUAUCACUGGCUAUUGCCUGUUUGCCAGAAGCGAAUAAGGCAGCUGAGCUUUCUUCCAAGUUCCUCAAGCUGGCCCAGAGAGUUUUCGAAAAAGACCGCUUCGGCGAAUUCUGGAAAGUCGAUCCUCUCAAGCUCUUUGACAGGUCCAAGGUCGCAAUUGUCAUGAUGACUCUCCGUCUUAUUAAGAGUCGCUACAGGAGCUCGAAUCUCAAGGCUAGCUUGCUUGAGUUUUUCGACCAGGAUCAGCCCAUAUUUGGCGGAGCCGUAACUACCCACAAGCAGAGAAUAACACGGGUUGCAGUCACGAGUACAAGCGAUGGCGAGCCUUGCCUCUUCACGAAUUACAGUCGGGCGUCUUACGAUCGCGAAGACCUUUCCGAACGCGACGACUUGGUGGAAAACAAGGGGUUUGAGCGGCAGGACAACCCUGACAAUGAAGCCUGUGUUUGGGAAGCGGCCAUGGCAACGUCCGCCGCACCAGGAUACUUUCGUGAAUGGCGAAUCGACGAUCCAGAAAACCGGAGACAAGGACAGGUCCCUUUCAGAGACGGUGCCUUGCACUCUAAUCUCCCUGUCCAAUGUGCCCUCGAAGAGCAAAACAGGAUCUGGCCAGCGCACAGAGGCUAUAAGAAGCCCCUGGACAUCCUGGUCUCUUUGGGUACCGGUAAACAGCUGAAAGAAACGAACAUACCCAGCUGGAUGAAAUUCGCAGGCCUUGCGGAUGUUGCGGCAGCCUAUUACAAGAACGUCGUCAAUACAGAUACCGUCUGGGAGGCAUUUGCCAAGAGCCAGAGCAAGAACUUUUCGCCUCAUCGCCACUUCCGCCUGACUGUCGAUCUGCAUGAGCCGGUGGCGCUCGACGAUUGGAACAAGAUGCGCAAUCUCGAGGAGAUAGUCAGCAAGGCGUACAUGGCUUCUGAGAAAUCCAAAAACCCCAACGGUCUCUGGAGCCAGGUCGAGACGAUAGCGUACAAGCUCACGGCCUCGCUUUUGUUCUUCGAACCUGACCGGAUUGAAUAUAGCCAUGUGCGCAACAGAGGGAGAGAGGAAAUACGUGGCCGCAUUCUCUGCCGGUUACAGACGCCCAGCACGGCGAUCCGCAAUCUAAUCUAUCGCAUUGAAGGAUUCUAUCACCAGACCGAAAACCGGCAUGAGACAGCCAUUCCGAUACGAAGAGGUUGGAAGGAGACUCUUUUGCAGGUCGAAAGGGAUAACAAGCCAUUCGAGAUCCCCUGCGGAUUGGACGACACGGAGGGUGACACCGCUCCGCAGAGCUUGCUCGUAAAGCUGAAGCCUCCAAUGGAGGCGGGACAGGCGGUUUCAUGGCCCAUUAGCGGAUUUCCUAUGACACAUAAGGAGCUGAAGGCGGGCAUGUUACAGAGAGGGAUUCGUGAGCAAAAUGUCUUGUGA